CAGGGGGGAUUUUUCUUAAAAACCCUAGACCAAUUGCGGCGAAAUCUACCUCCUCAGUCCUCACCCCUUCCGAGCUGCGCUAGUAGGACUAAAGACUGGCCAGACAAGUAACCUGCGACAAUUAAUUGCCAGAAUUACAGACGGCAACGCGCCCUGAAAGAAAAAGGGAAAGAGGCAAAAUGGACUUCUCACUCUUCCUCGCAUGCUUCUGGGCGCUCCUCCUCGUUCCCCUCUCGUUUUGCACCCUGGCCGCAACGUUGAACCAACUCAUCACCAACUCGGUAGCUGAAUUCUUCACCAGCGGAUACGCCACGUUCAUCGUCCCGUGGCUCAUCUUCGAGGCUGUGGUCGGCUGGUUCCUCUCCGCAAAGAUCCGUGCCGGGAUCCAGCGCCACCGGCUGCGCGACUCUCACAACGCGGCUAGCAGUUCUCUCCCGCGCGAAAAUAGAGUGCACGCGGCGUUGCUAGUGCUGGUGACCUCUGUUGCAUUACUGGGACUGUUCUUCUUCUCAGUGGGGCUGUUUAUGGCCACGGGGAUGGGGCUGACGGACAGCGACCCACCGGCUGUGGCGUGGUGGCUCGCGCUCGCUGUGUGGGUGGUAUUUGGGAUGGUUGUUGCGAUGGUCCUGUGGGUUUGGUUGUCUGCGGUGAGGGGGCUGGUUUGGCCGUCUCCUAGACGGCGGAGACAUGAGAUGCGGGACGUGGUCGAAACUUGCGGCGGUUGUGAUGGGGAGGGGAAAGGCGGGUUGAUGCCUGCCUGAAGGGCUGUUGCGGUGCUACGUUGGGAUGAGGGGGAUUGUUUGAGACGGAGAACGAACACACCGGCAGCAGUAUACGAAAGCUUAGAUAAUUGAAUGAUGUGUGCGGUUCCC